ACGUCGGUCAGUCCGUUACAACGAUUAUAGCUGUUCCGUCCAUCUUGCUUUUCGCGAAUAUUCGUGCUACGUUAGUAAUCGGUGGUUCCGGCAGGGAGGGAAGGUUUUGCUGUGUGCGAAGUGUCUAGGUUACUCUGCGGUAUUUAGAGGAAUUUUAUUGUGGUUAUAUACGUUACACUAUGAAUUUAAGUGGAGUUUCAGCAUGUGUAAAGUAUCUUCUGUUUAUUUUCAACCUCAUAUUUGUGGUCACAGGUAUUGCAAUCCUCAUUGUGGGAGCAGUAAUUCAGGGUGUUUAUCUCACCUACAGCUUCAUUCUGGAUGACAAAUUCUUCUCAGCACCGGCUUUACUCAUUGCAGUUGGUGCUAUUGUGCUCAUUGUUUCGUUCUUUGGGUGCUGUGGAGCUGUAAAAGAAAACCACUGUAUGAUUUUGACUUUCUCCAUUAUGUUGCUGGUGGUUUUCAUCUUGGAACUGUCUGGGGGAAUUGCUGGUUAUGUGCUCAGAAACAGUGCACGUGAUUUUCUUAAGAGCAAGCUGAAUGAAAGCAUGUACAACUACAGUAAAGAUAAUGAGACGCAUGAGGCUUGGUUUGUACUACAGACUACACUGGAGUGCUGCGGGAAUAAUAACUACUCUGACUGGGAACAUGUCUUCCACAACGAGUCUCUACCAAUGUCAUGUUGCUCGCCAUCUCAUUCUGCAAUUGGUGUGGAGGUGUGUGACACACAUUCAAAGGAUUUACAUCGUGAAGGCUGUUUGAAAAUGUUUGGUGAAUUUGUGAUGGAUCAUGCUGCAGUGCUGGGGGGAGCUGGAAUAGGAAUUGCCUUUAUUCAGCUGUUGGGUGUUAUUCUUGCAUGUUUGCUGGCAAGACACAUCAGAAAAAACUAUGAGUCUGUUUAAAUGUCAUAAUUGUCAGAAAUAGCCAUUUUUCAAAGAAGCAAGCAUUCAGACUAGUUUUAAUAAUCCAUGUUUUAUAUGAAUUAAAUUUGUUAAGUACAGUGCUCAGUAACUUUCUACAAUUUGUUCCAAGGAAAUGGAAAUGUGGUACUUUGCAGUGGUAUGAGUAUUAAUUACAUGUUCUGCUUAUACUGUCAGUCAUGUACUUAAAUGAGGUAAGAUAGUUUCCUGAGAUACUUCAAUUAAUUAUCUGCAUUUAAUGAUAAUUUCGUAUGCAUUCCUUAGAGCUGGUAUAAAAUAUGUGAAAAUUAUUUUAAAAUAGUCGCAUAAUUAUAUAGUAGAAUCGGAUAUGUUUCAUUAAUAUUUUUACAUUGAAGUGGUAGUGGAGAAAUCAUCAUGCUCAUUUUAGUAUUAGUGGAUUUCACAGUGAAUUGUACUAGAGCAUGAUGUAAGUAAUUCAGUCAAAUUUGAACAAUUAUAUGAAAACACAUUUUUGUAAGUAUGUUUAAAAACUUGUAUUAGAAUCUAUAUUUAAAAAUAAAAAUGAGAAAAUCUGA